UCCAAUCUGUUUUCAUGUACUAAGCUCUUUCUAUAUAUACCUUAUACAAAUGUUCUAUUCUUCUAGCCGAAAGCCAAAAGUUCAACAACAAAAAAUAAAAAUAUCGUUUCAUUUUUCAUUUUGGUGUCCAUUUUGAGCAUGGCAAAGGCUAUAAACCAUAGGGGAACAAGGAGGGGAAGCCUUGGAAUUCUUAGGUCUAUAGUGGGAAAGCUUCAGUCAAGUCUUUUGUCCAGAGGAGUGAAACAAGGCCAUUUUGUUGUAAUAGCUACAGAAGGUCGGAAGCCAAAGAGGUUUGUUGUUGAACUUGGUUAUCUCAAUAAUCCCAAGUUCUUGAAGUUGCUAAAGCAAGCCGAAGAAGAGUUCGGGUUUUCGCAUGAGGGAGCUCUAGCCAUUCCUUGUAGACCGGAUGACUUGCAAAGAAUCCUGGAAAUGAGAAAGCUCUGAAAAAGAGUGUCGUUUUACUACUUGCUAGCCAGCUAGAAUAAAAUAAGGAAGAGAAUAUGUAAUGCAAAAAACAAUUGCAAGAAUGAAAAGUACUGCAUUGCAAUGUUCAUGCUCUUAUUUUACUAUAUUUAUAUACAUGUGUUUGUGUGCAUGUUUUUGUCUCUGGUGCUGUUGUUCACUGACAUCUUUAAACUUCGGCCAAAUCUUAUGGCCUGACAUAUGAAAACUUACAAGAAUUAUAUAA